AUGCUUGUAAGCCAAAUCAUUAAGCUAGUAAACGAUUAUAAUAAUUUACCAACAUGUUUACACAGGGUGAGUUGCAAGGACAAGAUAAAGGAGUUGAGAAAAGUGAAUUCAAGUUGGAUCAAAUGGAUCAAAGUUUAAAAAGUAAAACAGAAAUUAAAACACACACACACACACAUAGUACUGUUAUUGUGUUCGUGACGCAGACACAUCCUUUUGCAAACUCUUCAUGAGUUUAAAUCCCACAGUGAGUUGUCGGUGUGAGUGAGUGUCCGUGCUCCUAGUGGUCACAGGUGGUAAUGACCUGUAAUAACGCUCUGGGGCUGCUCACAAACACAACCCGGGUGUCCGAUGGCUGUGCGCUGGUUAUGCAGCCUGUUUGGGAAGCCCUUUGAUGGUGGGAAGAGGACAAUGGAUCAUGGCAACCAACAGCAACAGCAACCACAAACCCAGUUCAUGGCAGGGCCGUUUCAGGCAUACAUGGGCCCGCAGGGUCCAUUCCCUGGGCCCCACCCCACCCAGCUGCGCCUGGAUGAGCUUCAAAGGGAAGCGAUGCCGCUAGGACAGCAAGUGUGGUCCUUCAGCGGCCUGCAGAGUGACAGAGAGUACAAACGACUUGAGAGGGAGCUGACGCGACUCCAGCUGGAGGUGGAUCAGGUGGAUACGGAGGGACGGAUGGAACUGCAGCAGGCUCGGAAGCGAGCAGCAGGAGAGAUGGAGGGGUUGUUGCGCUACCUUGAGGGUAAUGCUACUCACCCAUCUCGGUUAGCUAUAGAGGAGCUGAGCCAGGAAGCGCAAAGGCUCCUGCUGGCAGGGGUGGUGGCUCCUUUUCGGCAAGGACAGGCUCAGGAUGCAGCGGAGACUGGUGAGGACCUCGUGGAGGCUGUGCAAGAUGUGGCAAUGCGCCUGGCCCAGAUCAAGACAGGUGGAAGUGUGCCACUGAGGAAGGCCCGUUAUCGUGCUCUUACUCGAGUCUGUGCAGUACAGGAUGUGCUGGAGGGCCGUGUUCGCACGCACACACUUGCACUGCCUCUGUCUGAGGAGACACACGAGGCUGUGCAGCGCAUUAAUCAUGUGAUGGUGCAGGUGAGCGGUGCUCGCUGCCAGCUGGUUGCUCUGCUGAUGGGGCUGAGUGGGCGGGAUAGCUGUGCCCACCUAGCACGUGUCCUCACUGAGCUGUUAGUGGAGCUGGAUGCACUGGAUGUGUCCAGCAACUCAGCAGUGAGGAACUACAGGAAGCAGGUGGUGGAAGAGAUCAAUGGCCUCCUCAAACACCUCGACCUGGAGGGGGAGGGUGAUGACACUCACAGGUAUGACUUGACACAAAACGACUCCAUUCGUGAAAUCGAGGCCAUCCGAACCCGUGUGUCUGUGCUGCGGGGGGAUGUACUGAGACAGGGCAUGGCAGGCCAUGGGGCAGAGCUUCAGAGCCUUUUAUCUCAUCUCGACCAAGUGGACACUGGACGCAACCCCUGCAUUAGAGAAGCACGGCGAAGGGCUGUGCUGGAGAUCCAGGCAGUUAUCACUUAUCUUGAACUCCGGGAAACGAUCGGCCGCUGGAAUCCAGAACCAAAUGAACCCCCGGCUCAUGCGGCUGUGUGGCGUGUCCUUGCCAGCCUCUCUGACCUGCAUUUCCAAGUGCUUGGCUUUGAUGGCAAGAGAGCUGACAAGAGCUACAUGGUGCUUGAGGAGUUGCUGACCAAGCAGCUUCUGGCUCUGGAUGCUGUGGACCCUCAGGGGGACCAAGGAACAAAGGCCGCUCGCAAACAAGCGGUUAAAUAUGCCCAGAACAUCCUCGGCUACCUGGACAUGAAGACAGAUGAGUGGGAAUAUUGAGAGAGUGAAGAGAAUAAAAGCAGAAUCCUUGAAAGAUUCACUUGCACAAAGUGCUUUGAUAAUGUUUUGUGCCUAGUUAAUGGCGUGGUGGUAGAGGACAUGCACAAGUCAAAUUUGUAUAUAAAAGACUUUGUCCUAGAUAGUAAAAUUCUUUCCCUACAUGCACUGCAAUUCCUGCUUUUAUUUUAUUUGGGUACUAUCCCGGUCAUUGGGCAGUGGUCCAGUUGUUACUGAAAAGUUUUGUUCACUAAAUUGUCCACAAGCAAACCUA